AAAUAAUAAUAAUAAUUCAAGGAGAGACCUGAGGAAGAACUUAAGAUUUAAAAAAAAAAGAAAAAGAAAAAGUAAAACCUUGGAUUAUAAUGGCUUCCUGCCCCUCUUUCUCAGUGGUCUUUCUGGCCACCGCUUCCCUCCUCCUCACUGGCCAUGCCACUGCUCGCAAUCUUGAAGAAUCCUACGAUCUGUGCCAGAAUGCAGACUUCAAAGAUCUCUGCAGGAACACCAUACAAGGAACAAACGACCCCAAUGCUGCUGUAGAAAUGUCUAUCAACAAGUUGAUAACCAAGACAGAGAAUGUCAAGAAGGUGGACGAAAGGGUGAGUAAGCAGCCAAAGAUGUCGGCAUGCAGUAGCAAUUAUGACUCCGCCAUCAAUAACCUAAAGAAGGCUCUGGAAAGUGUGAAGCAGAAGGACAAGCAGGCGCUCAUGACCGCUCUCAGUCAUGUCGUCGAAGAUUAUUCUACGUGCGACGAUAUGGUGGCGGAUGGACCGCUUAAGUCCCCUCUGGGAAGUUCUAACCAGGACAUGAUCCAGAUGGUUAGCAACAUCUUGGCAUUGGCUACUAUGAUUAAAUUUUAAUAAUGGAUCUCUGGAUUGCAUUUGUCUGGGGGUCGCAACAUUAGAAGAGGAGGAUGAGGAAGUUCGAUUGGUUUAGCUGAUACCUAACUACGUAUAUAUGUAUUUAUUUAUUUUUCCCAAUAACUAGAAGCUUAUUUUGUGCCAUUUGGUGUUUAUAAUUAACAUUUGGCAAGAAU